UGUGAGUGUGAAUAGAAGGCUACAAGCUGAUGAAAAGCUUUGCUGGACACUGUCUGGACCAAACAAAGACAAAAGGUUACCUUCCUGUACCCGUUCCUGGUGAGUUCUGACCAUAAGACUGGUCAACAGCUGUGUUGGUGUGAAGAAAAAGAGGCUACAUGUUGAGGAAAAGCGUUGCUGGACCUUGUGUGAGUGUGAAUAGAAGGCUACAAGCUGAUGAAAAGCUUUGUUGGACACUGUCUGGACCCAACAAAGACGAAAGGUGACCUCCCUGUACCUCUAACCGUUGAGUUCUGACCAUAGGACUACUCAACAGCAGUGUUGGUGUGAAGAGAAAGAGCCUACAAGCAGAUGAGAAGCUUUUGUUGGAUGCUUAUUGGACCAAACAAAGACUAAAGGUGACCUCUCUCUACCUGUACCUAUUAAGGUCUGUCCACAGGACUUUUCAGCAUUUAUCUUGGAAGAAAGAAAGAAAGGCUAAAAACUGACUGAAAGCUUUGAUAAACCCCAUCUGGUCCAAACAAAGACGAAAGGUCACCUCCCUGUAUCUGUACCUGGUGAGUUCUUGCCACAGAACUGGUCAACAGCUGUGUUGAAAGUGAAGAAGGAGGCUGCAAGCUGGCGGGACCAAACAAAGACGAAAGGUGACCUCCCUGUACCUGUACCUGGUCAGUUCUGACCAUUGUACCGCUCAACGGCUGAAAGAAGCUACUAGCUAGCAAAAAGCUUUAGAAGACUUUGUCUGGACUAAGUAACCAGUAAAGAUGACCUCUAAUACCUCUUGUACCUUGUAAGUCUUGACCAUAGGACUGGUCUACAGCUGCUUUGGUGUGAAAAGAAAAAGGCUUCAAGCUGACAAGACUGGACUAAACGAAGGUAACCUUCUACUACUUUGUGAGUUUUGACCACAGGACUCUUCGUUAGCUUUGUUGGUAUAAAGAGCGAGGCUACAAGCCAACAAAAAGCUUUGCUUGACCCCCUGAUGACCAUGUUGUGAACCUUAAACCCUCACUGGACCAAGCAAGGACAAGGGGUGACCUCAUUCUACCUUCUGAAUCCUGAGCAAAAUUGACCAGACUGGUCAAUAUCUGUGUAUGGGUAAAGGUAAAGACUGGACAUCACACCUGUUGACAAGAAGCUUUUCCUGACUUUAUGGCCACAUCGUUAGCCUAAAACCUAAAAACUGUAUGGAUGGGUAGCCUCCUUCUACCUUCUGAAUCCUGACCACGUGACUGGUCAGCAGCUGGUCUGAACUGAACUGACUAGUAUUCACCAUGUUGGUGUAAAUAGGUUUGCCAAAAAGUGACGAGCUAAAAGGACAAUCCCUGUCUGGACUCUACGAUUGACCUCAACAUGGGGGACACUGCAGAGUACCAACGGCUCCCGAGCGAGUGUGACGAGGACGAGGUGUUGGACGAGAAGCUGGGCAGCAGUAUGCAGUGUGAUGAAGGCACCGAGUGGCUGCUGGAGCUGCUGAUGGAGGUCCAGUUGCAGCAGUACUUCCUGAGGAUCCGGGAUGACCUCAACGUCACUCGCCUCUCGCACUUCGACUACGUGAAGAACGAGGACCUGGAGAAGAUCGGCAUGGGUCGGCCUGGGCAGAGGAGGUUGUGGGAGGCAGUAAAGAAGAGGAAAGCCAUGUGCAAGCGCAAAUCCUGGAUGAGCAAGGUGUUCAGUGGGAAGAGACCGGAGGGAGAUUUCCAGCCUCAGCCGGCGAGCACCUUCCGGAAGCUCUCCCCCACGCCCCCCGCCGACGAGCAGCCGCAGGCCCUCACCUGCCUGAUCAGCGAGAAAGAGCUGGAGCUCUGCGAGAAACUGGGAGACGGAUCAUUCGGCGUCGUGAAGAGGGGGGAGUGGUUCACCCCCAACGGGAAAGUGCUGAAUGUAGCUGUGAAGUGUCUGAAGACGGAUGUGUUGAAUCAGCCGGACGCUCUGGACGAUUUCAUCCGCGAGGUCAACGCCAUGCACUCUCUGGACCACCAGAACCUCAUCCGCCUGUACGGAGUCGUCCUCACGCACCCCAUGAAGAUGGUGACGGAGUUGGCUCCUCUGGGUUCUCUGCUGGAUCGUUUGAGGAAGAAUCAGGGUCACUUCCUGAUCUCCACUCUGUGUCAGUACGCUAUUCAGAUAGCUAAUGGAAUGGCCUACCUGGAGUCCAAGCGCUUCAUCCACCGUGACCUGGCGGCCAGGAACAUCCUGCUGGCCUCCAGCGAGCUGGUAAAGAUCGGAGACUUCGGCCUGAUGAGGGCGCUGCCCAAGAACGACGACCAUUACGUCAUGCAGGAGCACCGCAAAGUCCCGUUCGCCUGGUGUGCUCCAGAGAGUCUGAAGACGCGCACGUUUUCUCACGCCACAGACACGUGGAUGUUCGGCGUGACCCUGUGGGAGAUGUGCACUUAUGGGCAGGAACCUUGGCUGGGCCUCAAUGGCAGUCAGAUCCUUCAUAAGAUCGAUAAGGAGGGCGAGCGCCUGCCCAAGCCGGAGGACUGUCCUCAGGACAUCUAUAACGUCAUGCUGCAGUGCUGGGCUCAGAAACCUGACGACCGGCCCACCUUCAUGGCCCUGAGGGAGUUCCUGGUGGAGACCAUGCCCACCGACAUGAGGGCUUUGCAGGACUUUGAUGAGCCGGACAAGCUGCUCAUCCAUAUGAAUGAUGUCAUCACCAUCAUUGAGGGCAGGGCGGAGAACUAUUGGUGGCGAGGGCAGAAUAAGCGAACUCUGAAAGUCGGGCAGUUCCCCCGAAACACGGUCACCUCCGUCGCCGGCCUCUCAGCCCACGACAUCAGCCGACCCCUGAAGAACAGCUUCAUCCACACGGGCCACGGAGACUCCAACCCUCACCGCUGCUGGGGCUUUCCUGACCGGAUAGACGAUCUGUAUCUCGGGAACCCCAUGGACCCUCCGGAUGUUCUGGGGCUGGAUCUGAACGCUCCUCGGCCCACUCAGCUUCCAGGACGAGCUAAAAAGGAACCUCCCCCUCGGCCGCCUCAGCCAGCUUUGCUCUUUAAGAAGCCAACGUAUGACCCAGUUACUGAAGACGACGACCUGACGUCCUCUAGCCUGAAACUGCUCUCGUUGAAGAAAGCCGGCAUGAAGGGCCUCAAACUCAAGCCGUCCGCUUGGGUCCUGGCCACCAAGCCCGUUUACGGGCUUCGAACCCCCGGAGGCGGGACUCCUACGGAGGUUUCGCUCAUAGACUUUGGGGAGGAAUUCCCCUCAGCUACCCCUUCCCCCUCCCCUGUGGUGGAGGCUCAUGUUCCUACCCUUGCCAGACUUUCUCUGGAUGCUGAGAACCUUCUGGACGGAACUCCUCCACAGAGUCCCUCCCAAACUCUACCUCGCCCACUCCACCCGACGCCAGUGGUGGACUGGGAUUCCAGGCCGCUCCCUCCUCCCCCGGCGUACGACGAUGUAGCGCAAGACGAAGACGACAUCGAAGUCAGCUCGAUCAACAGCGCCGAUCAACAGGGAUCUCCACGGGCAAACUGCACGCCUACGGAUGAGGAUAAGCCUCAAAUCGAGGACAAUCUUUUCCUGCCCAGAGAGCAAAGUCGUGCCAGGACUUUCUCCCAAUCGGCGGAAAUCUUCCAGGAGCUACAGCAGGAGUGCAUGAGGCGCCUCAACGUUCCAAACCCUGAAAUUUAUCGCCAGAUAGUCCUCAAUACGUCCGAAGACAGACCUCAAAUCCCACCUCGCAUCCCAAUUCCUCCUAGACCUCCAAAGAGCCAAGGUGGGGAAUAUGCCCGUUGGUCAGGCGAACUUUCACCAACCUCUGGAAUUGAAGAGAACAAGGAACGUCCUCCUCAAAUCCCCCCAAGAGACCCUUUGUCUCAGCCUGGUUCUCGUACCCCCAGUCCAAUGGGACUCCAUGUAGGUAGUCACUGCUCUCCAGCCUCAAUCUACGGCUCUUCCUACCUCUCCUCCAGUCCCGGGAAGCUCAUGCCCACCACGCAAAGCUUCGCCUCGGACCCUAAGUACGCCGCCCCCAAGGUCAUACUGGCACAAGGCAAGGACAAAGAAGCGACCAAAGGGCCUUGCAUCUUGCCCAUAGUACGAGACGGCAAGAAAGUCAGCAACACGCACUACUACCUCCUGCCAGAGAGGCCCACGUACCUCGAUCGAUACGACAAGUUCCUCAAAGAGUCGGAGACUGCAGAAGAGAGGCGGACCCCCAACACUGCCACGGUCCGGCCCAUGGUCCAUCAGCCACCGCAGCAGCAGCUGCACCAGCACCAGCAGGGGGAGCUUAAGUCCAACUUCUCGUCCAACAACAACAGCACUCUAACGGGUUCUUUAAGCAGAACACCGGGCAUGAAGAACUCCAUGAGCCUCCCUAGAGCGACCACCGAUGGGUCGGUCACCAGGGUGGAGGGAACCUGCACCCCCGACAGAGUCAAACUGGUGCAGGAGGCGGUACAUGGCGUGACUAUUGAAGAAUGUCAGACGGCUCUGCAGAACCACAGCUGGAACGUGCAGAAGGCUGUGCACUAUCUGAAGGUGGAGCAGCUCUUCUGUCUGGGCUUGAAGACGAGGGUGGAGUGUCAUAAGAUUCUGGAGAUGUACGACUGGAACCUGGAGCUGGCCAGCACUCAGCUAUUAGACUCUUACGGCUCAGUUAAACAGAGGCGAUGAGAGAAAACGUGAGGAUGUCCUCGUCCUUCAAUCCUCAGAGACUGAUGAUCAUUCUGACUGAAGUUUGAUCUCCGACCUGAGAAACACGGGAGAUCAGAAGUUCCUCUUCCAGCCUGAUGACGGAGUUCCCUCACACUGCACUACUGAGUUCAGAUUCGUUCGUGUUUUUUUAUUGGUCGGUGGAAAGAGGUGGAAACCAAGGUGCUGCUGGUCCAUUCGAGUUGACCCUGCUACGUUUGACUGUUGUAUUUGUUGUGUUUUUGUUUUUAAAUGUUAUAAAGAGCUUUAUUAUUUGAUAAAUAAAUGAGACGAUCGGACGGAGAACUCUGAGACGAUGUAGAAGUGUGUAUAUAUUCUCAGUUCGCUGAUCGUAGAGUUUAUACAGUCGUACAGACGUGGGUCUGGUUCAGUGUUCGUGUUCGGUGUUGCUCGCGUGCAACAAGGAAAGUUUGAGGUAUGUAAAUUAAGUAUAUAUUAUUUUUUAGUUUUUUUUGUUUCCUUUUUUUUGAGACUUUAGAGCUGUUUUCUAUGUUUCUUUGUUUCUUCUGGUGACAAAUUCCUGGAGAGCCACCUAAAGUCCUACAGGCUACACUACAAAAUGUAAAUCUUGUAAGUUAAAUACUCCUAAAACUAGUUUUAAAAUCUGAAAUUUCUAAUUUUUGACCUAUUUGUUCCUUGUUUUAAGUGAUUUAAUCUGCUAAAUGUGUCUUAUUUCAUUGGCAGAUAUGUUUGUUUUAAGCAUUAUUUCUUGAAACAAACUAGAAACUAUUAUUAAAGAGUGUCAAAAUGUUCAGGAAACCAUUUUUAGAAAUGUUAGAAACAAAAUCUGGCAGCUUUUAAGAUAAUGUCCAUGUUCUAAAGGACAAUUGAAGCUCCGUCACCCAUUACUUACUGGGGUGUUCAGAUAUAUCAUUUUCUUACUAUAAAAUAACUUAAAACAAGUACAAAUAAGUUAGAAACAAGUAAUUAUUAUUAUAAUAUUAUUUAAACUAGUAUUAAAUAUAUAGACUACAAUUAGGAGGACUUCACUUGCUAAAAUAUCAUUUGUAUUUAAAGGUGAGCUGCAUUUCUCAGCUGAUAAAAUUAUUAAUUAAUUAAUUGAGGAACUUUAGAUUAAAACCUUCAGGAUUUUUAUUUUUCUAAAAAUGUUCCUCAAAGCACAUCCAGGGUUCCUCCACAGUUCCAAAGUGAAGGACUCUUUAUUUACAGCCAAGAAAUGCAGCCGACAUUCAGACCGAUUCUGUGGACGCAGCUGAUGUAUCCUUCCUUACCUUCCUUGCCGUGUCCAAAUCUGGUGGAUUUGUGAGGCUGACCUUCAUCUACGUUUCACAUAAAACUGACCAAUGGGCGCUCAGGAUCUUUUUAUGGACUUACUUUAUUGUAUAACCGUGGAAUGACUUGAGUCCUUGUAUCUAUUGGUCAGGACACAUGAAUUCACAAAUUACAGAUGACCAACGGAAGAUUUUUGUAAUAUUCUCCUAAACAUCUUAAAAGAAACAUUGAUAAAAAUGUGACGCAUCAAUAUGUUUAACAACCCUUUCACUUUAACCUUCUGGGUUUGCUGAAGGGUUAUUAAAGAAAGUAAAAUUGAUAUUUUUGGCUGUUUAUAGAUAUGCACCCUUUAAAUUGGGCUUGGGGGUUUAAACCACAAGGAAGGUGGACCUCCAGGAAUUUGGUUAGAGGCGUAGGCUGCUCAAAAUCCCUCCGGUAUGAGUGUAAACCUUUCCCCCACUCUAAUAAAAAACUGCUGAGUCCGCCAUCGACAGCACUGCCGAUGUUCAGAGCGCUUCUUUGGACGCAGCUGAUGUAUCCUUCCUUACCUUCUUUGCCGUGUCCAAAUCUGGUGGAUUUGUGCAGCCAACGAUCGUCCGCAUUUCAUGCCAAACUGACCAAUGGGCACUUGGGAUAUUAAUACUUCUGGUGUAUCUAUUGAUCAGUACACAUGAAUUAAAAAAUUACAGAUUGACCAACAGAAGAUUUUUGGAGUAUCCUCCUAAAUAUCGUAAAAGAAACAUCGAUAAAAAUGGAAAAUCGAAUUUAACGCGUCAACUUGUUCAGCAAACACCAAAAGGAUAAAGCUAAAAGGUGGUUAAAGAAAGUAAAAAUGAUAUAUUUGGCUAUUUAUGGAUAUGCACCCUUUAAAUUGGGCUUGCGGAUUUAAACCACAAGGAAGGUGGACCUCCAGGAAUUUGGUUAGAGGCGUAGGCUGCUCAAAUCCCUCCGGUAUGAGUUUUUUACUCUGAAAAAAACUGCUGAGUCCGCCAUCGGCAGCACUGCACAGCACUGCCGAUUGCCUUUUCUCUGAGCUUAUUGGAGCAGAGAGAUCAUCACAUCGUUAAGCCACAGUACUCAGCGGACAUCCGCACUCAACAAGUCACUCUGUGAAGGAGAAACCCUUCAAUCUUUAGCUCAGAACGCACUUUGUCCUGUUUCUAUUGGGCUUCCAGCCACGGAUCUUUUAAAAGCACAAGAGCAGGUGAAGAACUUGCUAAAAACUUGUCUUUUAACCUGGAUUAAAACCUGCAAGCACAAUAACGAAGUCCACGGUCAACUCCAUAGUCAGCACAAAUCAAUAGCCUUAAUCUUUGUCUUUGUGAAUUGUGGACAAUGUAGUCCAGAAUCCAAGAAAAGCUUCAAGAGCACAAUGGGUGCUGUAAUAACAUGGUAGUCAGUGAUUCAGUCAGUGUUUCAGUCAGUGGUAUAGAUUGUUAUAUUCUGUAGAGCAUUCGAUAUAUUAGUUGAUAGGCUAGAUAGAGCUUCAGUUGGUCUCCUGGUCUCCUCAGACUGCCUAAAAUGCCUAAUUGACCUCUUAUAAAAGUAAAGAGUAAAGAUAAAAAUAGAAAAGAAACCCAAUUGGCCUAUCCAUGGUCUUCCUGGUGUUCAUGAAUGCAUUGCUGUACUUUUUGGUUCACAACUACUUUCUAUUUGUGAGGUUGGACAAGCUUUACCGAACCAUAAAUAAUCGUAAAUCAUAGAUGAUUCCAUUACAAUCCUAAUAAUCGUAAUUUAAGCAAAAUUUUAAGUUACUUUUAACAGUGUACAUUGUAGAAGGCUGUUCCAAAUUUAAAGGACUCUUUACAUACAGUCAAAGAAAUGCAGCCAACGUUCAGAAUGAUACUGUGGACGCAGCUGAUGUAUCCUUCCUUGCCUUCCUUGCCUUGUCCGUCUGGUGCAUUUGUGCAGCUGACAUUCGUAAAUGGCUAUACUUGUAAUAGCUGCAGAUAUAAUGCAGACUCUGAUUUAACAUAGUUUUUGGAAGAGGUCUGCUUUAGCAUUCCCAUCGUUUAUCUACAUUUUGUGUCAAAUAUUUUGUGAGCAAACCAGACGCUUAAAACAAGUGUAGCAAUAGCAAAAGCAGAAUAAGCUGUUUGACCUUGGCAGAGAUGAUUUUGGCUAUUAAUUGGUACCAGUGUCUCAUCUCCAAACUAAAGGCCAAGUUCCAUAUAACAGGGGAUGUCAGAGACCCAAGUCCCAAAAAGAUAAAACCCCAAGAACAUUGUCAAACACCAAACGUGUCAAUGGCAGAAUAAGCUGUUUAGCUUUGGCAGAGAAGAUUUGACAGAUUUUUCAUUGGCACAACCUCAGCUCUCAGCUCAUCCAACAAAUGCAUGUUCUUUAAAAAGGUUCUUCAUUUAAAAGAGAAAUUAACAUGCGUUCCAACAAUAUAAGAUUUAUUGCAGAGAAGCAUCAAGGUUACAACAAAGAAAUACCAAAUCUACCAAACACACAUUUCCUUACAUGUUGUGCAAUGUUUAUAUUAGUAUUAGUAUAAUAUUAUAUAACAUCACUCUGAUUUCACAUGUAUCAUAUUUUACGGACUAUAAGAGCAACGCAUUAUAAGACGCACUGUUAGUGAAUGUCUAUUUUCAGGUCUAUUUUCAUACAUAAGGCACAUCGGAUUAUAAGGUGCAUUUUAAGUGACAAUAAAAAGUGUUUAUUUUGAUGAGAUUUGGGUAGAUUUCCAAUAUUUUAGUGUGGUUAGCAGCAGCGCUAGCUGCGGUUAGCGCUACUAAAUGCCACCUGACAGCGCUAGGCCGAGAAACCCUGAGUGUUCCGGUAAGCAAGAGCACAAUCAGCUACAGUCCGAUAUACUCGCGUCAGAGCGGGGAAAGAAGUAGCGCUUAGAACAGUUAGCAGCUAAUGCUAAUACUGCUCCAGCCUUGGUGCUGGAGAAACUUCACUGAAAACUCGCAUUUAUAACUCUGUACUUCAGCGGAGUGGCUUUACUGCUCCUUAAUACCUGUCUGGUAAAAUUAAUACAUUAUAAGGUGCACUAAUUAUAAUGCAAAAAAUACGGUAAGCUGUUAGGUUAAAUCUUACUUUGCUAUAGAAGCCAUUGCAUGCUGGUCCAAGUAGCUUCCGUCGCCAAACAGCUAGCUUGUCAUUAGCUUGUAAGCUCAUUAGCUUGUUAGCUCAUUAGCUUGUUAGCUCGUUUUACCCUUCAAACCCCAAACCCAUGGCUCGUUAGUAGGCAGUGUUUUUUAGCCAUUUAAGCUAUUUUUAUUAGGCUAAAUCUUACUUCGCCAUCAUUCUGUGAUGCUUGUCCAACCUAGCAACUGUUGCUAGAGACAAAUGUGUUGGUGGGCGGAGCCUGGAUUGGGUCAGGUAUAUAUCUGGGGGUCAACUUAGCCAGCUAAUCAGCACAGUUAAUUAUUUUAAAAAAUGAAAAUGUUAAAAUUAAUCAGUCAAUUAAUCAAUCAAUCUCAUGAUUGACUAUGUGAAAUUAGGGACCACACUUAGCUAUAGAAGCCAUUGCAUGCUGGUCCAAGUAGCUUCCGUCGCCAAAUAGCUAGCUCAUUAGCUUGUUACCUCAUUAGCUUGUUAGCUUAUUAGCUUGUUAGCUUAUUAGCUUAUUAGCUUGUUAGCCCUUUAGCUCAUUAGCUUGUUUAACUCUUCAGACCCCAAACCAGUGGCCCGUUAGUCUGCAGUGUAUUUUAGCUAUUUAAGCUAUUUUUUUAUUAGGUUAAACCUUAGUUUGCCAUCAUUCUGUGAUGCUUGUCCAACCUAGCAACUGUUGCUAGAGAAGAAUGUGUUGGUGGGCGGAGCCUGGAUUGGGUCAGGUAUAUAUCUGGGGGUCAGAUUAGGCAGCCAAUCAGCACAAUUAUCAAUCCAUCAUAUGACUGACUAGUGUAUUAGGGACCACACUUAGAUAUAGAAGCCAUUGCAUGCUGGUCCAAGUAGCUCCCGUUGCCAAACAGCUAGCUUGUCAUUAGCCUGUUAGCUUAUUAGCUUGUUAGCUCAUUUAACCCUUCAAACCCCAAACCAGUGGCCUGUUAGUCUGCAGUGUAGCUCUGUAAUGCUGUGUAUGAGUGUAUGUACAGUGUUGUUAGUCAGUGUUUGUGUCUAAAACACUCCUCAAAGCAGACCUGGCCUCGUCCCAAUCCCCUGGCAGCCGCUAGCGUAGCCUCCAGAGGGUGCAUCCUGUACUGUACACUGCCUUACCACGAUAACGAUGCUUCCAGCUCCGGCGACGAGUGCGUGACCGUCAUCAGGCCGUGCAGUCGAGCGUGAAAACGUCUUCUAGUCUUACCUUUUUCUCUGCGUUUGAUACGUUUAGCUGUAGCCGAGACUGAAAUGACCUUGUGGUGUUAGCCAAUCGCAGCCUGUGUGUCGUAUUUUCCCUUUUUGCAUCCAGUUCAGUCCAGUAUGUUUUAAUUUUUGUUUUUUUCCCCCUACAGUGGCUGUUAUUGUGUUUAUUGUGGUUAUUAUAACCUCGAUGUUCAAAUUCAGAGGCGUGAUGAUGCAUAGAAUUUAUACAUUAUAUUAUAUAAAUGUAUUUUUUAUUAAAAAUAACUAUUUUUUAUAUUUUCUA